AUGGCCGAGUAUGCGGACACGCCACUUACUGAGCUCUUGCAGCCAUAUAGGAAGUAUGAGGCUCAAUUGAGGCAGCUUUAUGCUCAGGAGCCUGAGCAUGAACUUGUCAAGGAUCCGCAUGCCAAUCUCCUACCCCUUUUCACCAACGACACUCCUAGUAUCAAAACUCGAGCAAGAAAUCUAGGCUCCGAGUCUGAGAAGGAGAAGGAGAAGUAUAUUAUGGCCCUCCCUGAGGACCAGCGCCGGCCAAAUGGCUCUCCAGCGACUGUUCAGUCUCUCAAGGAGUUUCAGCACAACUUCAGCGUCUUUUCAGAAUCCUCUCUGAUUGAUCUUGACUGGAACAAUGUUGUUGCCGCUGGCUCGUCUGUUGUGAACUGCCUUCUCCCAGUACCUGAGAAGUACAGCACAUCAAAGAGAGUUCUUCGAGAGUUCUACCAUGAAAAAUUCUCCCCAGCUUCUGAUGUUGACCUGUUUUUGUAUGGUCUCAGCGAGGAGGAGGCAAUUGAGAAGAUCAAAGACAUUGAAACCAGGAUCCGAGACUCAAUUCUCACGGAAACCACAACUGUUCGCACCAAGAACGCCAUCACUAUUUGCAGUCAAUAUCCCACACGACAUGUGCAGAUUGUUCUUCGCAUAUACAAGAAUGUCUCAGAAAUCCUUACUGGGCUCCUUGUUCUCGAACGCCUUCCUACAUCUUCGUCAAGAGAGCAGUACCUGAGCAAACGUCGUGAGGAACGUGGUAGGCCUCCUCUGGAAGGACAUCGCCGCUUCCGACAUGGUCUUGCGGGUGAUAUCAAGAGCAUCUAUGAGGACGAAGUUGCGGAGUGGGAAAUCGGUUCCUUCAAUCCACUAACCGAUGACGACUGGACCGAGAUGUCAUACGUGGGUAACACGGCUCGACUCUGCCAAGCCAUCGUUGAUGGCGAUCUUGAGCAUGUUGAGGACUGGCUUGCACAGGAAGGCGCCGAUCCUAACAAGAGAGAUUACACCGGUAGAACUCCGCUACAUCUGGCUGUCAUCAGCUCAACCCCUGAAGUUGUUAAGUGUCUCGUCGACCAUGGCGCACGACUGAUUUCUCGUCUGGCGGAUGGCAAGACAGCCCUCCAUCUAGCGGCUGCAAGAGGCGAUGUUGAAAUUGUCAAGAUCCUGAUGGAAAAGAGCACUGCCAACGAAGCUGAAGAAGAGGAGAAGGAAGAUAAACGUCGCAAAGUCCUGCUUCCUAUGAGAAACGACAAAUCUGAGACUGAAGAAUCAGUGGAGUCUGAUGAAGACGAGGAGGCAGACUCUGAUGGAGAACUCGUGGAUGACGAGCUCAGUGAUGAUAAUGAUGGUAAUAGUAUGGCUACUGGGUCUUUUGUCAGGGUUGGAAACAAGGAACAACCAGCAACCCACACAGAAGUCGUCCCUGAUGAAGUCGAGGGCGAACCGGACUUCUAUCAUGUGGACGCUAUCGCAUGGGACAAGCCCGUAUCAGCCUUACACCUGGCUGUCAUCUCAGGUCACACAGAGGUUGUCAAGCUACUUUGCCAGGAAUACGGAGCGGAUGUGCUACUUCCAGUCAAGUUCCUGGGAUACAACUCCGCGCCGACCACUGCAAUCCUCACCAUGGUGCUGGCCACCGCCCUCCCUGUCGAGAAAGCAAAGGAGAUGGUCAAGACCCUCUUGAGUUUGGGGUCUACCUCUGCUCAGGCCGAUAUACAUGGUGUUACGGCUUUCCAGCGAUAUGCCGAAGAAAACGCUUCUGAGUUACUGGAAAUUCUUUGGGAGAUGGACAAGAUUGGAUCCAACUCAGCUAUCAAUCACCUCGGGUUCACGAAUACAUAUAGACCCAAAACGAGGAGUGCUCUUCAGGCGGCCCUCCAAAAUGGUGAUUCGAGGCUCGCUCUCCGGCUUCUUGAUGCAGGCGCUGUCUCUCAGAUCGAUUUCGACACAUGGCUGAAGUCUGCAAAGCAGUCACAUGUUCAAAAGGAGCUUGCGGCAUACGAUCAGAACAAGAAGCUGUUCAGCACAAUGACUGAGCAGCCUCUAAUAGCAGCUCUAAAGUCCCCCAGCCCCGAAAUUGCCCUCGAGCUUAUCAAGAAAGGUGUGGAUGUAAACAUCAUCUCUGCCAACUCACAUCAAAUCCUCCAACGAUCGUGGUGGCGAGGUAGUGACAAAGGACAAUCCGCGUUGGAUGUGGCACGCGACGAGAUCAAAGCUCUUCGCGAGUAUAAGGAUCCCCGGUCCACCUUAGUUGAGCCUAAGCUAGAGACAGAGAUCGACGAAUUUCUGGGGAGUCUGAAACAAGGCAGCUGGCAGCACUGGACCGUCACCGCAGAUAUCAAAGCCGUCAAGGAGGCACACAAGAAGAGCUCGGAGGACUUCAGGAAGCAGAAAGCACAUGUUGAGUCUAUGAAGGGUGUCAAAGAGAAGCAAGCUAUCUUUGACGAUCUAAUAUCGACUUUCGAGAAGGUCGAGGCUGAGAUUCUAGCCAGAGAUGGAAAGACCUUCGACGAGCUCCACCCAGACUUCAAAAAUAUGCCUGAUGUACCCAAGAUUGACAAGACCCAAAAGACAGGGGGCAAGUAUGAGUAUGAAUUCAAGUUCUUUGGAGUCACUGAUGUGACGGAAGCGAGAAUGGCCAAGUAUAUCGAGCUUUUUGAAGCAUCCUGGGAGGGCGAUCUUGAAAAGAUCAAGAGUCUUACCUUACAGUCAUGGGAUAAGGAAAACAACGAGCCCCCCUUGCAGAUUGCCGUCAACGAAAAGCAAGGAAGUACACCGUUCUCGUUGGCGUUACUGCGAGGGCACUUGCAUGUCGCGAAGGCUAUUCUGGAAAUUGUCCACGCGCAAUACUCUCCAACAGACAAAGACGCUGUUCGCUACGACAUGGAGAAGGAUAAUGACUACGAAUCUGACUGCUACAGUGACUCUGCGUCGAAUGACGGGGAGAUUGAGAUAUACUCCCAUAAAGUCGACGAACAAGCGACCAUCGAGAACAUUGGGCAAGUCUCGAUGCAAGUGAAAAGUCAUAUCAAGCCCCAAGCCUUCAUGGCCUGGGAGACUCCGACAUUCACUUUCCGUGACGGCAAAGUUGAAGAGACUGACGACAAGAAAUUGUCUCCACUCAAUUUCGCAAUCAAGAACAACGACCAGAGGCUUGUCAAGUUCCUUCUUGAUUUGGAGGUUCACUAUGCUAGUCUGAAAUUCGACAAGGACGAUGAACCUACUAAGUUCGUUCCUUUCCCUGACCAAGCCUUCCUGUAUGCGAUUGGACAAGGCCGCACUGAGAUUCUUGCCUAUAUAAUCAAGAGAACUGGUGCAGGUAUACCCCUGGAAGAGCUUGUGAAGACGAGUGGAGUUGAAAUCAAAGAGAAGCCGCGAUACUACCAAGGAUUGACUGUCUAUGGUAAAAAGAGAAAGGAUUGGGCAAAUGCCGGGCGAAAUGCUGUAUCUAAGCCAAUGGGCACCAAGACCUCACCCUUAUUACUUGCCGCCAAGGCGGGUAGCAUUGAGUCUGUGGAAUGGUUCCUGACUGAAGCUCCCUUGAGACAAUACAUUGAGUUUUCGAAGUCUAAGGUUGCCAGCGAGGAUUCCCGGCUCAAACACCUCAACCAGACAACUGGCGGAUUUGAAAAAAUCAUCCGCAAGUGGCUCAGUUCUCAGAAUGAACUUGUCCUUCAUGCUGCUGUGAUGGGACCGGAAGGUGAAAAGUCUCAAGAACUUGUCAAGUAUCUCAUCAAAGCCUUCCCUUCGUCCCUGGAGACUAAGUCUGUGGAUGGACGCACUCCUCUUAACCUGGCAUGCUACAUGGGUAGACCUGACCUCGCGGAGAUUCUCAUCAAGAAUGGUGCCGAUCAAUCCACAAAGACCAAGACCUGGGACAACUUGCUCCACAGCGCGGUGUUCAAUAAUCCUAAGGCAGAGCAGCUGCGCCCUCUUCUUGACCUCCUCGACGCCAAUCUGAGGAGUCACAUGUUCAGGGAACGAAACAGCCUUCAGCAGGAUGGCAAAACACCCCUCCAUUCCUGGAUCUCCGGGCUCUUCCGCGACAAGUGGAAUCACCCAUACAACAAAUCCACUGAGAAGUGUCUUGCGGUACUCAAACUACUGCUCGAGUACUCGGAGGGCCGCGAGUUGGAUAUGCUCGACGGUGCUGGCGACACACCACUCCAUACGCUCAUCGCUAAGCAGGGACCACCGGAGCUUGUUCGUGCUAUUUUGGACGUCAAUCCGCAGCUUCUAUACCGCGAGAAUGCUGUUGGGCGUACACCUCUCGAGAUCUCGCAUGAGGGAUUCCUUGGCCUGCACCUCUACGUGCCUGAGCAGACUUACUGGACUCCGGACUUCUCGGUAUCUCGACUCGUGACACGGGCUCCCAAGGCGUUCGUUGGCGCAAAGACAGCCGGCAAGGUCAAGGCGGCCAAGCCGGAGCACGGCACUGGAAACGAGACGGACGCGCGCAAGCGAGCUAUCUGGCAGCUGUGCGAUGCCUGCGCUGAGAAGUAUCCCAGCAAACGACGCCUCGUUAGCCUACAUGAGGCCAACGACGUUGCUCGUCGUCUGGGUGAAACAUAUCAGCCGCAGCGGUACUUGUUCAAGAGCCGUCGUGAGAAGAGUGAGGAAGAAGAGGAAGAGGAAGAUGCAGAGAGGGCUGCCCAAGCCGGAAAGAAGAAAGAGACUGGGCCGAGCGACUUUGCUACUGAGACUCUUACAACUGCGAAGAAGUCCGCAUGGCAACGCGACAAGCCCAGAGAGCUCGAGUUCGACUCAGACGAGGAGCUAUCAGAUGACAAUGACUCCUUCUUUGACUUCUAA